UCUGUCCCGCCGCCUCAAAGCUCCCCGGUCUAUCUUGGCUUGCUUUACAUAAACCUUCACUUCUAUUCCUACCAACUUGUACAUCUUCCCGUCCCACAUCACCGUCACGUCUCCCACCUUUUUUUCCCCUACUCACACUCUCUCACACACCCUUCACUUUCAUUCUUCAUUAUCCACUUUCAUCCCCGGCGAUAUAUCGCAUGUAUUUUUGUUUCUUAUUGGUCUCAUUCUUUUCUCAUGCAACUAUUUUCCGCAUCUGACUCGCCAGCUAGGCAUAAGAUCAUUAUUCACUUACCAACUUUUCCACCUCUCUCUCAUGAUCUCUCUCGACUAGUCCAUUGUAGGACAUAAUUCGCAACUGCUCCUUUCUGAAACAUUCUUGUCUUGGUGUUCUUCGCGCAAGAUUUGCACCUGCAUUGGCAAUUUCAUGGAUGCAGUUUUGCACUGUCUGCCUUGAUUAGUUCGCCGUCAACUUUUCGGCGUUCCUCCGUGUCACAUUGGAUGCGCCGCCUUUUAAUCGCCCACCAUGGCGCAGAAGUCGAGCGACCCCGAUGAUCAGCCAAAUCCUUCGUCAUCUGCAAAUAAGGACCUCCCAGAUUCCGGCAUCGUGCAGACUAAGUUUACGUCUCACACGCCCACAUCAGCGCCCACAACCCAACCAUCAAAACCUACUAACCUUAAGGUUUCUGGAGAAAAUGCUGCUGCCACUUCACAGCCCAUGACCAAGUCAACUUCGUCGGGAUCAAACCCGUCUUCCAAGGAGGCCAUGGCUGGCCCAUCCCCUUAUGGCACGCGUUCUCGCAAUCGGGGACAAGCGCGACCAAAUUACGCGGAAGACAAAGACGUGGACGUGGAAAUGUACGAUGCAUAUCCUGAAAAGAAAGAGGAUGAACCAAAGAAAUCAUCGCGACAGAGUAUUGCAUCAACUAAUGGCUCCGGUGAUGUAUUGAAAAGUACCACUUCAACCUCCCGCAAAGGUGCAGCACCAGAUGAUGGCAAGGCUGGUGCUGGAUUGCACGCGACAGUGAAGGAUCCGCACCCAGCAACCCACACCAAUUUGAAUAUUCCACCCCCUGCAGUGACUACUAGCUCUUCCAAGAAACGGAAAGCGCCAGCGCAAUCAACUACAAGCAAUGCGAAUAGCCAUGCUAGCACGCCAGCGCCCAGUAGCACUACGACGACGACAAGACGAAGUAUUGCUAAUGCAACAGCUACUAACAAUACCAAUGCCAACACUCACACUGCUGCCACUAAUACUUCAACUUCAACUGCUAUCGCCGCUACCACUACCCCUGCUGUUAUUACUACCAAUACCACACAGGUUAGAGCGGGAUACAAAGUAACAAACAUGCUUUCCUUCGAGAGAACCGGCGCGAUACCAAAAGAUGGGAAGCUGGUUGCGGAUGAUGGUACAGUAUUACAAGCAAACGAUCAUAUAUAUCUUGUCUGCGAACCACCAGGAGAACCAUACUAUCUAGGACGGAUCAUGGAAUUCCUUCACGUGCAAAAUGACGUUACAAAGGCCGUAGAGGCAUUGCGACUCAAUUGGUACUACCGGCCAAAAGAAGUGGGCAAAAAGGUCAAUGACACGAGACUGGUCUUUGCCACCAUGCACUCGGACAUUAGCCCGCUAACCUCAGUGCGCGGCAAGUGCCAAAUCCGCCACAAAGCCGAAAUCGAUAACAUGGAAGCUUAUCGGAAAACACCUGAUUGUUUCUGGUAUGAAAAACUGUAUGAUCGUUACAUACAGAAACAUUACGAUGUAAUUCCAUGUUUUCAAAUCGUCAAUGUGCCAGAAAAGGUGAAGAAAGUAUUGGACGAGAGAUGGAAGUAUAUCUUGGUAGAACAAGGUCGAGCCAAGGAAUUUACAAGUGCCGUCAAGUUAUGUAAAAGAUGCAGCGGCUAUUGCGCAAGCAAUGAUUCUGUUGAUUGUGCCCAUUGCCAACAGACAUAUCAUAUGAACUGUGUUAGACCACCACUAUUAAAGAAACCAUCACGUGGUUUUGCUUGGUCUUGUGCUGCAUGCAGUCGCGCUCAGGAGAGAAAGCUUGAAGCUCGUCACACUCCCAGUUUAUUGGAUCCCCAUAGAGAAGAAGAGGAAGAAGCUUGGGAAGAUGAAGAUGAUGUUAUUGAUACUAACCACACAACUCCUACCAAUGGUAUUGAUGACUCGCACCAACCUGCUACGCCAGAGCAAAUGUACCACGCCAGUCUGUGGCCUUAUCGAUAUCUAGGUCAGCACUGCAAACCGGAAGAUGCAUUGGACUAUGACGACCGCAUAUACCCUCGAGCCGGUUCACGUUUGGGACCCAAGCAUCAAGCAAACGUUCUUCCUUGGCCUGGCCGCCCAGUCAAACUAGUGAAACCCCUGGAGAUCAAAAAGGUUGGCAAGAAAGAUAGCAAGCAAGCGAAGGAGGCCCUUGCCGCUCUUGAAGCAGAAAAAGCCGCCCGAGAGAAACGCCCGAGGUGGAUUCAGGAUGAGCCUGCAGGAUAUGUUGCUAGGGGUGAAGAUUUCGAUAAUGAUGACCCAAACAAUACAGCCCAAUUGCUGUGGAAGCCCCUGGAUAUGGCUGGUGCAUCAAUCUCAGAACCCCAGCUUGAUGACUAUAUGGCUACCUGCAAAGCCAAACUCGUCCCUGCUUUCAAUCUUCCAAAGGAAUCUACGAAUCUCCGAGAUGUAGCCAUCAAUACUCUGUUCAAAAACGAUUACGAUAUAAGCAAGGCCUCAAAAGCCGUGCUCAAAGUUGACAAGGCUGCCUUCAAAGAACCAGAGCUUACUGCUAACGAGCUUAAGAAAUUUGAGGAGGGAAUAACCAAAUUUGGCUCGGAGCUCUACUUGACUACGAAGCAUGUCAAGACCGUCAAGCACUCUACUAUUGUCCGUUUCUACUAUACUUGGAAGAAAUCUGAUCGAGGGAAACAAAUAUGGGGUAACCAUUCUGGUCGAAAGGGAAAGAAGGAAGCAAAGAAAGCCGAGAUAACGGCCAAUAAGCUUCAAGACGACGUUGCUGAUGGCCAGGACGAUUCGGCAUUUGACACCGAUAAAGCUCUCAAGUUGAAGCGUCAUUUCGUGUGCAAGUUCUGUUCCACCAAAACUUCACGACAGUGGCGACGCGCCCCCAACAGCGCAUCCAAUCCAAUAACUGAGGGAAGUGGCAAGCAUUCCAACAAGGACAAAGGGAUACAGUAUGUAGGAGCAUUGUGCAGACGCUGUGCAGAGUUAUGGCGACGCUAUGCUAUACAGUGGGAAGAUAUCGAGGAUCUCGCGAAGAAGGUUGCAGCGGCCGGUGGUCGUUCAUGGAAGCGAAGGGUCGACGAAGAAUUGCUUAAGGAGCUUCAUGCGGCGAAUGAGAUGAUGAAUCAGACCAAUUACAAUGCACCGACCAGAUCCACACCAGCAGCUCAAGCUCCUGCAGCGGCAUCUUCUGCGCCCUCCAACGGUACCGAACCACCACCGCGCAAGAAGCUCAAGACCAUUGCAGAUAAAGAGGCAGAGGCUCACGCUUUGGAAUCCAGCGCGCCUCCUGCCCCCACUCAGCACAAGAAAAAGGAGAAGGCGGUGGUGGAAAAGCCUGCACCACCCCCGGCACCAGAAUUUCCGAAGCCUCGCGUCCUCCCCUGCGCUAUAUGCAACCAGAUGGCCCCUACAGGAGACCAGGCUCAUCUAUGUUGCAAGGAGUGUCGGCUUACCGUUCACCGAAAGUGCUACGGUGUCAUUGAGAACCGCCUACCUGGGAAAUGGACUUGUGACAUGUGUCUCAAUGACAAAAAUCCUCAAGUCUCUAUCGAUUACAAAUGCGUCCUGUGCCCUGUGGAGUUUACGGAACACGAUUUCGUAGAGCCUCCGAAGAAUACGCACAAGAAGAAGACGGAGAAGGAAAAAGAAAAAGAACGUCAGGAGCGCGAGCUUGCUCAAAAGGCUGCAGACCAUUAUCGGAAGAAGCAAGAAGAGAUGAACCGGCCAGUGAAUCCGAGGGAGCCCUUGAAGAGAACGGCAGACAACAAUUGGGUUCAUGUUACUUGUGCCGUGUGGAUGCCUGAAGUCAAGUUCGGUAAUGCCCUUGCUCUAGGUCCUGCAGAAGGUAUCCCGUCCGUACCACGGAGCAGAUACGACGAGACCUGCAAGGUAUGCAAGCGGAAAGACGGUGCAUGUGUAAACUGCCUUCACUGCCGUGCCCCUGUUCAUGUAGAGUGCGCCCAUCAGAAUGGUUACCUGCUUGGUUUCGAAAUCACCCCCGUCAAAGGUUCUCGACGGGACCAGCAUAACAUUGUGGCGAUUGGAGCGGACAGUGGGAUAAUGGCUGCUGCUGUCUGGUGCAAGGAACACAUACCCCAGAAAGGCGUGGUUCACCGAAUGCAAGAUCCAGUCCCCCAAACCGACGGUCAAGGCAAAGAUGCCCCAGUCCUCAACGCCCUACAACUCUACGUGCAAAACUACAAGCAGGCAGACCUUGCACUCACAGGCAAUGUCCGUAAGGCGAAUCUAGUCAAUAUUGCUACGAAGACGACCACGGCAGGCCAAACCAAUCUAAACCGAAGGCAGUCGACUGCCGCGGUCGCCAACUCGGCGCCAACAGGUCAGAGACAAUCCUCAAUCGACAGUGCCACCGAUAUGCCCUUGGCCACCUAUCAAUGCGGUGAAAAGGUUUGCAUUACCUGUGGGAUAGAUGUUAGCCCGAGGUGGUGGCCUGCCGGUGAGGAAUUAGAGAAAAGGUUCAGCAACUUACCUCCCCAUGUGAGCUGCGAGGUAUCAAAAUUUGUUGCGCAGAGGACUUUUCAGUGCCACAAAUGUAAGAAGGCCAAAAAGGAGUUUCCACCUUACACUCCCUCGUCCAUGGAGGCACUCGGAACUGGGCCUGAGACCAAGGAACCCUCCAGAACUCCGGCUCCUAACCCUAGCCCGAUCACGAAUCAUGCACCCAACUUGACGCACACGGUGAAUAGGAUGGCGGAUCUAGGAAACCCAUGGACACCUCGAGCUCCGGCAGUGCAGCCUGCAUCUUCGGCUCCAUCUUCCAUCGCUCCACCACCGUUGCACCCCCCAACGGUAGGGGCCCCUCCGCCGUUACCACUUACUGCGCCCUUAACGGUAACGAGCCCAAUGGCUGCCCCAACCGGAACAGGUGUGCCUCUUCAUCACUACCCACCUGCUGCGCCGUCUUAUGGAGACUGGCAUCGCAGCCCUCCGCCAUCUAUUCAUCAGAUGAAUGGUGGUUCUGGUGCACCAAGCCCCAUCCACCAUAAUCACCUCCGUGAACUCCGACCUCCGCCGAUAGCCCAGAUGUCUCACCACCAAGGACCACCACUUCAGCACGGGCUUGGUCAACCUAUCCCUAACGGGAUUCCCUCUUCCCCACCUCGAAGGAGCCAUGCUUCGGUUGGGAAUGGCACGUCACCGUACAUGCCACCUUACCACUCAGCGCAUAACCCACUCCAUGGGCUUACGAAUGGCAGUAGCCCCCCAGCGCGAGCCUCAGAGCAUUCCUUUUCACAAGGCUUACUCGGAUCUCGCUCGCCAUUCCUCAACACACUCGGAAGUCCCCCUAUGUCUCGAGAUGGGAUCUCGAUGAGUCGUGAACCCAGCCUAAAUAAUAACAUGCCUUCACGAUCCAGUGACAGUCGGCCUGCAAGUGGCGCCAGCGCUAAUGCGUCGCUGCGAAAUCUUCUAUCGUGAGGUGGUUGAUAAGAGUUUCUGUAGUUGGGACUUAUUCGCAUAGCAACUUGUUUUUUUCUUCGCAGGCUCGGCGUUGCACAGGUUAAUUGAUAACGAUAUGUUUUAAUUAAAGGGGUUGUUACCCCUUUUCCCUUCAGCUGUGCCUCAUUCACUCUUUACUACAUACAUAGGAGAUACUAAUACUACAGGUAAACUCCAUGGCAGCAUGACUC